UGCACCCAUAAUUUGGUGAUAUUUGUUCUGUGUUCAUAACUCCGAUAACUAUCACUGACUGUAGCACGCUUGCAAUGUGUUCAUCAAAACAUUCGAGAUACUCACGUGUGAAUUGACUCUUAACCACAAAUCUACCUUUUCCUCGAGAUAUUGACGUGUAACCGGCUGGUCGCCUGUGCUUUACAAUGGUGAAGAAAUCGCUCACCCCUUUUAAAGGUCCAAAGGUCGAGACCAUCAUUGGUGCUAAGAAAGAGAGAAGCCCAAAAACACCCAAAAAGUCAGAGAAGAAGCUAAAAGCUCUGAUUGAACAGUCCACGGAUCUGACAGUAAAUUCUCCUCUGGUUUCUCCGUCUAAGAAGAUAAAGAAGAAAUCAUUUCAUGUGAUUGAUAUGCCUGAAGAAUUUGGCACUCCUGGAACACCUACCAGUUUGAAAAAGAAGAAGAAGCUGUCGACGAUUAAAAUGGCAGAAACUGAGAGCCCUUUGGUCACUGAACCAAAAAAGAAGAAAAGAUCACAAGUCGCCGAGGCUGAGAGCAGUAACGCCCCAGAUGGAACUCCCAGAGACAAGAAGUUGAAGAAAAAGUCCAAAGGACCAGCUGGUGAUAAUUCGGGAGAAAUGGAAACAUUGACUCCAGCACCGAAAAAGAUAAAGAAAUCUGCUGUCGCCACCGAAGAAAUUCCUGAACAGCCACAGCCUGUCUCCAGCAAAAAGAAUUUGACAAAGUCUGGAGAUCUUCAAAAGCCUGCUGGUGCAGCUGAUGGUGUCGUGGCUGAAGGAACUCCAAAAGAGGGUGCGGGAAAGUCUGAGGGGGCAAAGAAGAAGAAAAGAAAUAGGGGCAAGAAGACUGUCAAGGACCACUCAGCCUACACAUUAUUUGUCGGCAACCUUGCAUUUGACACUACUGAAGAAGACGUGAGAGAUCAUUUUGGAAAGAAGGGCCUGAAUGUCCUGCGAGUUUUCUUCCCAAAGGACAAGGAUACCAACUUAAUGAAAGGAUUUGCAUUUGUGGACUUACCUGACAAUGACCAAUACAAUAAGGGGCUCCAGAUGAAUGGAUCGUUCAUCAACAACAGACGAGUCAGGGUACAGUUUACCAUGCCCGGCAACAAGUCGACUCCUGGCAGGACAAAGGCCAUCAAGAAGACCCUCUUCAAGUACGCGGGCUUGAACAAGAAGGGCAUCGCUUUCAAAUGAACUGUAAUAUUUACGUUUGUUAGGUAAGAGAAUAAAACAGGACUUUGUAAGAA